GAUGGCUUGGAAAGAAAACAGAAACGAGGACGUGUUGACUGAAAAAAUACUAAUGUAAUUACUUGCUAAACGUUAUGAUUCAAGGGAUACAUCUUAUUUCCUCAUAUGAGCUCCCACAGACUGUCAGUUUCAUCAAACGGAAGUACGCACCCACCCGCACGCCUGCACUCUCAACUUCAGCCCUACAACUUGAUGAAGUUUUCCUCCAACUUAACAUUCAGCGCGGAGCAGCCCCCAGAUCAGCAGCAUGGCUACAUGUAACAAGUGGUGGAUUUUGUGCGCAGUUUUGCUUUCCUGUGUCGCCCCUUUUGGGUCCUGCAGAAGACAUAAAGCAGAUGGAGCUCCACCCGAGCUCUUCAUCUUCAAUGAGUUGUGCGCCCUGAAGGAUGAGCCGGGGCCUUGCAAGGCCAUUAAAGAUCGAUUUUUCUUCAACGUUGACACAGGAGGCUGUGAGCUGUUUGAAUAUGGAGGCUGUGGGGGCAACGACAACAAUUUCGAGACCUCGGAAGCAUGUGAGGAAACAUGCGUCGUCUCAGAUGACAAGAACCCCUGUCACUUACCCGAGGCUCCUGGUCCCUGUCGAGGGCUCGUGACGCGCUACUUCUUCGACAGCAAUAGUCAGCAGUGCAAGCAUUUCUUUUACGGCGGCUGCUUUGGCAAUGCCAACAACUUCAGGAGCAUGGCGGAUUGCCAGGCCAAAUGUCAGAACCCAGAACCCACUGAGGCACCAGCAGUCCACAUAAUGGCCUCGAGAAGAUCUGCCAUUGUGCAGCCACCCAGGAUAACUGGGGAAUUGACUGUAGUUGAACCUCGGGUGCAAGCAAAUGACACUAAUGGAGAGCCAAACGCCGUGAAGCCUACAGACCUGUGCUUUACUCCGGUGGAAAGGGGAACAUGUGAGGGUGUCGAGAAGAGGUUUGCGUUCAACCCUAAGACCAAGAGAUGCCACGCGUUUCACUACAGUGGCUGUGGGGGAAACGAGAACAACUUUGAGUCCCGGAAAGACUGCAUCAUUAAGUGCAUUAAACGCAGAAAGGCUCAUGGGAGCAGGAUGAUUCGGAUAAGGAAGAAAAACCUGAACAACAUUGUGAAUCGCUCAGUCUGAACACUUGGCUCUGAAUUAGAUCCUGCACAACUGUGGAGCCACCUGUAUUUAUGUCCAUAUGUUAAGUCUAGCUUAACUCAUAUCUAUUAUUUUCUAUCGGUGCAGUACUUGUUUAAAAGUCAUGUAUUGUACUGAAAUUGCUUUGUAGAGUUUAAAUGCAAUUACAGUAAUCUUUCUUUACAUUGUUUUAAUCUCAUUGACAAGGACACAUUUGUCUUGCUGAUCUCAACACUGAUGCUCUGUGUACCAAUGCUUUUUUCCAAAUGUUAUAUUUUGUCAUUUUGAUCUAUAGGCUCUACAAAACGGAAAUCUUGAUAGGCAGUAAGAAAAAAAAAGUCUGGUCACCCAUUUUUUAUGUCUGAUCUAGAUUAUUCUCUCUAAUGUGUCUAUGACAUAAGACCAAGUGGAAAAGAAAAGUUAUACCAGUAUUCUACCUUCAUUUACAUCUUUUUAAAAUUUGUUUGACAUGUGGAUAAAAAGGUUGUCCCGAAUGUUUGUGCUAGUUGUUGUAAUGCUCAUUUUGACCACAGGAGGCUGAAGUGCAUUAAUGUUUUCUGAGUUUGAACUUCUCCAUGGAUGAUAUAAAACGCAACAAAUAUACAGUAAAGUUGAAAAUAUUGCUACUAAUAUUCACCUCCAAAAAGCAACAUUUUUAUUCUUCUGUUUUUAUGUCACAAACGAAGACAAAUCAGUUUAAAUCAGAUUUAGAAAGUGGAUUACCAAUUUGUUUUUUGCCUCCGUUCUUCCAUACUGUUAUAAUCAUACUGAUGUAUUUUUUAUGGGAGACACCAAAGUUUAAGCAUUAUUCUUAUUCAAUAACAUGAAGGCUUAUCCUGCAGACAGUAUGUAUUGUGUUUACAUAGUGGAUGAUGCUUUUGUUCAAGUUUAUUGCAAUUUGAACAGCAGCAUUAGCAGAUUAAACUGCUGGCUAUCCGUACUCUAGGAUCAACAGGAUAUGGAAUGAUGUCAGGUACACACAUUCAAGAUGUCCUCACAGCUAAAAAAUCAUUGUGAACAAGGUAAUGACUGUUUUAUUUUGUCAAAUUUAACAUGAACUCUUUUUUUCUUUUUAAUGAAUAGUGUGCAGUUUUGUAAAUCAAUGUUGCUUUCCUGCUGGUGUUGAUAUUAAGACAAAACAGAAGGGGGCGGUGUUGUACAAACUAAGUUUUCAAAGAGGUUUUGAGCACUGUCACUUUACUGUCUCUUUUUAUUAUAAUGGCAAUGUUGAAAUGUAAGAGUAUAUAUAUAUAUAUAUAUAUAUAUAUAUUAAAGUCAAUCUAUCUUUC